GCCCAGGCAAAGAAAAUGUUCAACAGCAGCUCUAUCACUGAAUUCCUCCUCCUGGCAUUCGCAGACACACGAGAGCUGCAGCGCUUGCACUUUUGGCUCUUCCUCGGCAUCUACCUGGCUGCCCUCCUGGGAAACGGCCUCAUCAUCACCACCAUAGCCUGCGACCACCGCCUCCACACCCCCAUGUAUUUCUUCCUAUUAAACCUCUCCCUUGUUGACCUGGGAUCCAUCUCCGCCACUAUCCCCAAAGCCAUGGCCAAUUCCCUCUGGGACACAAGGGUCAUCUUCUACCAAGGAUGUGCUGCCCAGCUCUUUUUCUUUUUCUUUUUUAUGUCAGCAGAGUAUUUUCUUCUCAAUGUCAUGGCCUAUGACCGCUAUGUUGCCAUCUGCAAACCCCUGCACUAUGGGACCCUGCUGAGCAGCAGAGCUUGUGUCCACAUGGCAGCAGCUGCCUGGGGCUGCGGGUUCCUCAAUUCUCUGGUGCACACGGUCAAUACAUUUUCACUCCCCCUCUGCAAGGGCAAUGCCAUGGACCAGUUCUUCUGUGAAAUCCCCCAGAUCCUCAAGCUCUCCUGCUCAGAUGCCUACCUCAGGGAGGCUGGCUUUAUUCUGCCUGGUGUCUUUAUUGCAUUUGGGUGUUUUGUUUUCAUUGUGCUGUCCUAUGUGCAGAUCUUCAGGGCUGUGCUGAGGAUCCCCUCUCAGCAGGGACGGCACAAAGCCUUUUCCACGUGCCUCCCUCACCUGGUCGUGGUCUCCCUCUUUGUCAGCACUGGAUUGUUCGCCUACCUGAAGCCUGCCUCCAUCUCUUCCCCAUCCCUGGAUCUGGUGGUGUCAGUUUUGUACUCGGUGGUGCCUCCAGCAGUGAACCCACUCAUCUACAGCAUGAGGAACCAGGAGCUCAAGGAGGCCCUAUGGAAACUGGCCCAAUGGACGCUGUUUCACUGA